AUGCCCGUUUCUUCCAAUUAUGCCCCUAUCGACAUCCCAGCAGUAGACUUAUGGACCUUCUUAUUCGAACGCAAGGACAGGGCGUUCCCAGAUGACAAGAUCCUCUUUCAAGAUGCCGAAACCCAGCGUCACUACACUUACCAAUCUCUCCGCGAGGCUUCACUAGACUUUGGCAAAGGCCUGCGCGCGCUAUGGGACUGGAAGAAAGGCGAUGUGCUCGCCCUGUUUACGCCGAAUAGUAUCGACACUCCCGUGGUGAUGUGGGGGACGCUGUGGGCGGGAGGUGUGCUCUCACCGGCGAACCCGGCGUAUACAGCGGAUGAACUGGCCUUCCAGCUGAAGAACUCAGGCGCAAAGGGUCUGGCAACACAGGUCUCAGCGUUGUCGGUUGCAAAACAGGCGGCGAAGAAGGUUGGCAUGUCUGAAGAUCGCAUCAUUUUGAUUGGCGACAUGCGGGAUUCCGAUGCACGGAUCAAACAUUUCACCUCCGUGCGCAACAUAUCCGGGGCGACCCGCUAUCGGAAGCAGAAGGUGACGCCUGAGAAAGAUGUCGCCUUUUUGGUUUACUCGUCGGGCACGACUGGCGUGCCGAAGGGGGUUAUGCUGUCGCAUCGGAAUAUCGUUGCCAAUAUCUUGCAGCAGGAUGUUAGCGACGGUGGUAACUUAAGCUGGGAAGGGGGCCAUGACGGCAAAGGAGAUCGACUUCUGGCGUUUUUGCCAUUCUAUCACAUCUACGGAUUGACAUGCUUGAUUGGCCAAGCCACAUACCAGGGAUACCAUCUUAUCGUGAUGUCCAAGUUUGACAUUGAAAAAUGGUGCGCUCAUGUACAAAACUACCGUUGCACCUUCAGUUACAUUGCUCCCCCGGUGGUCUUGCUACUAGGCAAGCACCCAGUGGUAGACAAGUAUGACCUCUCAAGCAUGCGAAUGAUGAAUUCUGGUGCUGCGCCCCUCACGCAGGAACUUGUGGAAGCAGUCUACUCGCGGAUCAAGGUUGGAAUCAAACAAGGGUACGGUCUCAGCGAGACCAGCCCGACUACCCACUCGCAGAAAUGGGAGGACUGGCGAGAGGCAAUUGGCUCAGUUGGUCGCUUGAUGCCCAACAUGCAAGCCAAGUACAUGAGCAUGCCGGAAGACGGCUCAGAACCGAAGGAGGUUGCCGUGGGCGAGGUCGGUGAAUUGUACAUGAGCGGCCCCAACGUGUUCCUUGGCUACCAUCAGAACCCCGAGGCGACCAAGAGCUGUCUUUCCGAGGAUGGUUGGUUCCAAACUGGCGACGUGGGCUUCCAGGACGCUAAGGGCAAUUUCUUCAUCACCGACCGUGUCAAAGAGCUCAUCAAAUACAAGGGCUUCCAAGUUCCCCCUGCCGAGUUGGAGGGAAUUUUGGUUGACAAUGCGGCUAUCGACGAUGUGGCAGUCAUUGGUAUUGAGAGUGAGGCGCACGGCUCAGAAGUUCCUUUGGCCUGUGUUGUUCGCAGCGCGAAGAGCAAAUCCUCAGGCGCAAGCGAAAAAGACGAAGCCGAAACCAUUGUCAAGUGGCUAGAUAGCAAGGUUGCCCAUCACAAGCGUUUGCGCGGGGGUGUGCAGUUUGUGGAUGAGAUUCCUAAGAACCCCAGCGGGAAGAUCUUGCGUCGUGUACUCAAGCAGAAGUUCAAGGAUAUAGCCAAGGCACCAAAGGCCAAGCUAUAG